GUGGACUUACUAUCGAUUGUCGGGUCUGUGGAUUGUAGGCUACAAAGGAUGGGGGUCUGUACCGUUUUUCCUGGACGCAACUGAAUUCAUUCCUCUAGUUGUGGGAUUUUUCAGCCACAUCAUCACUGAAAACAGCUGAGUUUUGACUAACUCUGUUUCCUUAAUAUCCAUUAAGCAUAUUAUUUUUAAACGGUUAAACUGAAGGCAGUAUUACAGCUAGCAUCAGUUUGGUGUCAUAAAGUUGCUGCCUUUUUUUACUACCAUUUUAACGUUAUUUAAAAGAUAAAGUGAUUGGACUUCAGGAUUGUUCCUCCUCUCAUUCACUGACUGUCGCUUCCUCUCCGAUGGUCAAUGCAUGAAUCUGCUCCGAGUCAACUUCUGUAUCUAUAAACUCAAUGUAUUGUGUGCAACCAUAAUACACAAUAUCUGGCAACAUGUUGAAGGUGGUUGUUGAAUCAGCUAAAGGGAUUCCAAAAAAGACACUUGGAGUUCCAGAUCCUAUAACGGCAAUCAUUUUCAGAGGUGAAAAAAAGAAAACAAAAGCCAUUGACAGUGAAUUAAAUCCUGUGUGGAAUGAGAUCAUUGAAUUUGAUUUGAAAGGUUCCCCAUUAGAUUCUUCCUCAUUCAUUGAUGUGGUUGUGAAAGACUAUGAAACCAUUGGAAAAGACAAAUUCAUUGGUUCUGCAAAGAUCUUUCUCAAGGAUUUGGCUUCUGGUCAAACCAGAUCGCUUCCUUCAAAGAGCAUUCCUCUUAUUAAUGAGAAAAAGCAGGAAAUUGGGGCAACUAUCAAUAUUACCAUUGGUUAUGAGCCUCCCACAAGUUCCGUCCCAAACCCAAAUGAUCAAGGAGGUGGAGAUGGAGUUUACACUGGAGAAACUGGAGCAAGUGAAGAGGUGAAGGGUGUGGAUAGUGAUGAAGAUAUUUUAGAUGGGACGGAGCCUGGGGCACCUGGAGUUUCUCCUUCUGGACAACCUGGAAAAGACUCAAAAAAUGUAAUUCGUACAACUCGAAAGAAGCAAAGAGCUUUGCCCAACAAACCACAAGAUUUCCAGAUCCGUGUUCGAAUAAUCGAGGGUCGGCAGUUGCCUGGCAACAACAUCAAGCCGGUGGUCAAAGUAACUGUGUGUGGACAGACCCACAGAACCAGACUCAAAAGAGGAAACAACCCAUUCUUUGAUGAGAUUUUCUUCUAUAAUGUCAACAUGCUUCCCUCUGAGCUGUUUGAUGACAGCCUCAUGAUCCGGGUGUAUAAUGCUUACUCCCUGAGAGCUGACAGUCUUAUGGGGGAGUUUAAGCUGGAUGUUGGCUAUAUCUACGAUGAGCCUGGUCAUGCAAUCAUAAGGAAGUGGCUGUUGUUAAGUGACUCAGAUGACUCCAGCUCUGGAGCCAGAGGUUACCUGAAAGUCAGCAUGUUCAUAAUUGGGACAGGAGAUGAGCCUCCCGUGGAAAAAAGGGAAGGGAAUGAGGAACAGGAUGACAUUGAAAAUAACUUGCUGCUGCCCGCCGGAGUCGCGCUGCGAUUGGCUACGCUCAGUCUGAAAGUAUACCGUGCAGAGGACAUGCCACAGAUGGAUGAUGCAUUUGCCCAGACAAUAAAGAACAUAUUUGGUGGAACAGAUGAGAAGAAAAAUUUAGUGGAUCCUUUUCUGGAAGUCAGUUUUGCUGGCAAAAAGGUGUGCACAAAGAUCAUAGAGAAGAAUGCCAAUCCAGAGUGGAAUCAGCUUAUUCACCUGCAGGUCAAGUUUCCAUCAAUGUGUGAACGCAUCAAGCUUACUCUUUACGACUGGGAUCGGCUAUCAAGGAACGAUGUUAUUGGGACCACCUACCUAAAUCUGACUAAAAUAGCGUCAUCUGGGGGAGAAAUUGAGGAUUCAUCACCAGAAAAUGGGCUGCCUACAUCCUUUAAUGUGGACACUACUGAAUCUGAGAUUGGCUUUCUUCCUGCUUUUGGGCCUUGUUAUGUGAACCUUUAUGGAAGUCCAAGAGAAUUCACCGGGCUUCCGGACCCAUACGAGGACUUGAAUCACGGGAAGGGUGAAGGGGUGGCCUAUCGAGGGAGGGUUCUGAUCGAGCUUUCUACUCAACUGGAGGACAAAAGUGACAAGAAGGUGGAAGAUAUUCCAAACGAUGACAUUUUAGUGGCUCAGAAGUACCAGCGCAGAAGGAAAUAUUCCUUAUGUGCUGUGUUUCACGGUGCCUGUAUGCUUCAAGAACCUGGAGAACCCAUUCAGUUUGAGGUCAGCAUUGGGAACUAUGGGAAUAAAUUGGAUUCCACCUGCAAACCUCUCUCCUCAACCACACAGUUUAGCUGUGCUGUUUUUGAUGGAAAUCACUAUUAUUUCUUGCCUUGGGCUGAUUCUAAGCCUGUUGUAAUCCUCACAUCUUUCUGGGAGGACAUAAGUCAUCGACUGGAUUCAGUGAACAUCAUUCUCUACAUUGCUGAUCGCCUGCAAUCCAACAUCACUUCUCUGAAGACGGCCAUUAUGGCUAAAGUAUCUGACUCUCGUCUUGCCGAAAUCUGGCUGAAGCUCAUCGAUCAACUCAUCGAAGACCUCAACAGUUACAGGUUACCAGAUCUGGAGGGUAAAAUGAACCUGACAGUCCUUGAUAUUCAGAUCAAAAACCUACGUGACAAAACUAUGGCCAGCGUCCAAGAUGCAGCCAUUCGCAUGAGGGAGGAGGCUGUUGAUGUUAAAGCCACUAUGUCAGAUAUAGAGGACUGGCUGGAGCGACUACAACAGCUCACAGAAGAGCCUCAAAACAGCAUACCUGAUGUCAUCAUAUGGAUGCUGAGAGGAGAGAAACGUGUGGCCUACGCACGUAUACCAGCCAAUCAGGUGCUGUACUCUACCCACAGUGAUCAGGCCGUUGGCAAGUACUGCGGCAAGACGCAAAGCAUAUUCAUGCAGUACCCAAUGGACAAAAACAAAGGUCUCAAGAUCCCUGUGCAGCUGCGUCUGAACAUGUGGCUGGGUCUGUCUGCGCACGAGAAGAAAUUCAACAGCUUUGCGGAGGGAACGUUCAGUGUAUAUGCAGAAAUGUAUGAGAACCAGGCUCAGGUGUUUGGGAAGUGGGGAACUACGGGCCUGGUUGGACGGCACAAGUUUUCAGAUGUCACAGGGAAGGUGAAGUUAAAGCAGGAGCGUUUUAUGCCCCCGCGGAGCUGGGAAUGGGAAGGAGACUGGGUUGUUGACCCGGAGCGCUGUUUGCUUACAGAGGCUGACGCUGGGCACUCAGAAUUCACAGAUGAGGUCUAUCAAAACGAAACACGUUACCCGGGUGGAGAAUGGAAGCCUGCAGCUGAGCCCUACACUGAUGUGAAUGGAGAAAAGGCACAGAGCCCUGAGGAGAUCGAGUGUCCUCCAGGUUGGCGCUGGGAAGAUGAUUGGAAUUUUGACAUCAACAGGGCAGUGGACGAGAAAGGUUGGGAAUAUGGUGUCACUAUACCUCCUGAUGAUAAACCCAGGUCAUGGGGUGCUGCAGAGAAAAUGUAUCAUAUCCACCGCAGAAAAAGACUGGUCCGACCUCGCAAGAAGAUAGCAGACACACCAGCUCUUGAGAGGAAAGAUUUGGGCGAUGGCUGGGAAUACUCCUCACUGAUUGGCUGGAAGUUCCACAGGAAGGAGCGUUCCUCAGACACAUUUCGUCGCAGACGCUGGAGGAGAAAAAUGGCACCAGCCAACAUUGUGGGCCCGUCGGCUAUCUUUAACCUGGAGGGGGCACUGGGAAUAGACGACGAUGAGAAGGGCAGCAAGAAGGACACAGCCAAACUCUUUGGUGCCAACACACCCACUGUGUUUUGCAGAUUUGACAAGUCAUUCAUGUACCAUCUCAGAGUCUAUGUCUAUCAAGCCAGAAAUCUUCUUCCUAUGGACAAAGACAGCUUUUCUGAUCCUUAUGUCCACGUGUCCUUUUUGCAUGUCAGCAAGACCACAGAGAUCAUUAAAUCCAACCUUAACCCCACAUGGGACCAGACUCUCAUUUUUGAUGACAUUGAAAUCUACGGCGACCCUCAGAACAUUGCUUAUAGCCCACCCAGUAUUGUUAUGGAAGUUUACGAUAGUGAUCAAAUGGGAAAAGAUGAGGCUAUGGGUAGAUGCACGUGUCUUCCGGUGGUGAAGCUUAAUCCUGGGGCCCCUUUGAUCCCAAAACUACUCUGGUUUCCAGUUACAAUGAAAGGAAGAAAUGCUGGAGAGAUGCUGGUAGCUGCUGAGCUUUUGCUUAAAGAUAAGGCAAAUGAAGUUCACCUGCCCCUGGUUCCACCUAGAAGAAAUGAGAAUCUGUACAUGGUUCCUCAAGGGAUCAGACCUGUGGUGCAGCUCACUGCUGUAGAGAUCCUGGCAUGGGGUUUAAGGAACAUGAAGGCAUAUCAGCUCGCUGCAGUGUCAUCUCCCAGCCUUAUAGUUGAAUGCGGAGGGCACACGGUGCAAACUGGCAUAAUAAAGAACAUCAAGAAAAAUCCCAACUUUCCUGGAUCGGUUCUGUUCCUCAAAGUGCUUCUCCCUAAAGACGAGAUGUAUACUCCACCCAUUGUGCUCAAAGUUAUUGACCACAGGCCUUUUGGUCGAAAACCAGUUGUUGGACAGUGUACAAUACACUCCCUGGAGGAGUUUAGAUGUGACCCUUACAUGGGAACCACUGAAGUGGCUAUGUCUUCCAGGGUGGCCAUGAUGGCAGCAGCUCCCAGAGAUGUAGUCAUUGAUAUGGACUUAAUGCCCAACAUCUCUCCAAAGGAAGAGGACACGGUGGACUGGUGGAGUAAAUUCUUCGCCUCCAUUAACGAGCGUGAAAAGUGCGGCCCUUAUCUCCAAAAGGGAUAUGACACCUUAACAGUUUACGACAGCGAACUUGAAGCGGUUCAGGAUUUCAGGGGGCUGAACGACUUCUGCAGUACAUUUAAAUUGCAAAGGGGGAAAACCGAUGAUGAGGAGGAUGACCCCUCUGUGGUGGGAGAGUUUAAGGGGUCGUUUAGAAUAUAUCCCCUAUCGGAUGACCCCAAUAUGUCAGAUCCUCCACGGCAGUUUCGGGAGUUGCCUGAGAGUGGUAUUCAGGAAUGCCUUGUCCGAAUCUACAUUGUACGCUGCUUUGACCUACAGCCCAAAGACAACAAUGGCAUGUGUGAUCCCUACAUAAAGAUUUCACUGGGAAAGAAAACCAUUGAUGACAGAGAUCACUAUAAACCAAACACCCUAAGUCCAGAUUUUGGAAGAGUGUUUGAAUUAAGCUGCUACAUUCCACAAGACAAAGAUUUGAAGAUUUCCGUUUAUGACUUUGACCUGCUCAGUUCUGAUGAGAAAGUUGGAGAAACAGUGAUAGACCUUGAGAAUCGACUCCUCUCUCGGUUUGGCUCACAUUGCGGCCUCCCAAAAUCUUACUGCGUAUCUGGAGUAAACCAAUGGAGGGACCAACUUAAACCAUCUCAGAUCCUGCAGAAUCUUGCCAGGAUGAGAGGAAUUGCUCAACCUCAGAUUGCAGAUGAUGGUAGUUUCUGUUCAUUUGGAGGAAAAGAGUACAGGCUUGAUGAACUAGAGGCCAAUAAAAGCAUCCACCCACAUCUGGGCCCACCUAAGGAGCGAAUUUGCCUUCAUGUGUUGAGAAGGCAGGGCCUUGUACCCGAGCAUGUGGAGACCAGGACCUUAUACAGCACCUACCAGCCCACUCUUUCUCAGGGCAAAAUUCAGAUGUGGGUUGAAAUAUUCCCAAAAAGCCUUGGUAUUCCGGGACCCCUUUGUGAAAUCACUCCUCGCAAACCCAAAAAGUACUUCCUGCGAGCCAUCAUUUGGAAUACAACUGAAGUUAUCCUGGAUGAGACCAGCAUCACUGGAGAAAACAUGAGUGACAUCUAUGUGAAAGGGUGGAUGCCAGGCAUGGAGGAUGACAAGCAGAAGACUGAUGUCCAUUACAGGUCUCUAGAUGGAGAUGGAAAUUUCAACUGGAGAUUUGUCUUUGGCUUUGAUUACCUGCCGGCAGAACAAUUGUGUCUUGUGUCAAGAAAGGAGCAUUUUUGGAACCUCGAUAAAACAGAGUUCAGGAUCCCUCCCAAACUGACCCUUCAGAUCUGGGACAAUGACAAGUUCUCAUUGGAUGAUUAUUUAGGUACAGUGGAGUUGGAUCUGCUUCACCUUAUCCCUCCCGCUAAGACCCCUGAGAAGUGCAGUUUAAAUAUGCUGUCACAAACAGUCAAGGGUCUUCCACCAACAUCACUUUUCUCACAGAAGUCAGUGAGAGGCUGGUGGCCAUGCGCUAUGGAGCAAGAUGGGAAAAAAAUCCUGGCAGGUAAAGUGGAAAUGACUCUAGAAGUGGUGGAGGAGAAGGAGGCAGAGGAGAGGCCAGCUGGGAAGGGAAGAGAUGAACCCAACAUGAACCCAAAACUGGAUCUUCCAAACCGUCCAGAUACGUCCUUCCUUUGGUUUACAAAUCCGUGUAAGACCAUGAAGUUCAUUGUGUGGCGCAGAUUUAAAUGGGUUUUCCUUGGACUCCUGAUUCUUACGUUGGUGAUCCUGUUUCUUGGAAUCCUCUUGUACUCCUUCCCUAACUACAUCUCCAUGAAAAUUGUGAAGCCGUUUUAAUUGGAGAAUUUCAAGAUAUUUGUGAAGCAACCUGCGAUAUGACAUACAAUGAACCUGUUUCUGUGCAUUUCUUGUUUUCUCUAUAAACUUGAAUGCAAAACCUAUUCCAAGUACUAUCUUUUAGUCCUCUUUGGACCUCACUGGGUUUGCGGUUUACAAUACUGCAAAAAGUUGCACUAUAUUCUGUUUACUAUAAUUAUUCUCUAGAUAAUGCCAAAUUAUCAAGUAAAAUGUGUUCUGCUUAUGUAGAAUUAUGACAUGUAUACAUGGCCUAGACUGAGUAUAACCUAAGAUUUAAAGACAUAAUUGCUAUUUUUAAAUAAAUGUAUCUAUUGUUAUGUUCAUUAGAAAA